AUGCUACCCAUGAGGAUUCAGCACCUCCAAAGACUGGGAUGUCGAACGUUAGCAACAGAACAGUCCCAGAUUUCCUUCAAGGGGAAGUCCAUACAGACCUUAAGAGAGAUAGGUGCUCGAUGGAAGGAAAAGACUACAAAUGGGGUUAUGCUACCCACCCAAUUUAAUGAAAAGGACAGGAAGAAACGCGCUGCUGAUAGAAUGAAGGAUUCCAUGUACAUUCUGUCCAUGUUCCCAUAUCCGUCCGGCACGUUGCAUAUGGGUCAUUUAAGGGUGUAUGUUAUCAGCGAUUCUUUAAAUAGAUUCUUCAAGCAGAGAGGGUAUGAGGUCAUUCAUCCCAUGGGAUGGGAUGCCUUUGGAUUACCUGCUGAAAAUGCAGCCAUUGCAAGGGGAAUUAAUCCGGCAGAUUGGACAAAGCAAAAUAUUGCCAAGAUGAAAGAACAAAUGAAUAAUAUGUUAGCUAAUUUUGACUGGGAUAGAGAAGUCACCACAUGUGAUCCUGAUUAUUAUAAGUUUAAUCAAUGGAUUUUCUUGAAACUAUAUGAAAAUGGACUCGCUUACCAAAAGGAGGCCGAAAUAAAUUGGGACCCUGUGGAUAAAACAGUGUUGGCUAAUGAACAAGUGGAUAGUAAUGGAAUAUCAUGGAGAUCUGGUGCUAAAGUGGAAAAAAGGCAAUUGAAGCAAUGGUUCCUGGGUAUAACAAAGUUUGCCAAGGACUUAAGAAAAGAUCUAUACACUUUAAAAAAAUGGCCAGAAAAUGUUAAGACAAUGCAACGGAAUUGGAUUGGUGAGUCCUCAGGUGCAACCCUACUUUUUGGAACUGAUAAUGAAUUAUUUAAGCAUAUUCAGUUAUUUACAACAAGAGCAGAAACUUUAUUUGCUGUUCAAUUCGUUGCGCUUUCCAAGGAACAUCCGAUUGUGGAGCAUUAUGCAAAGACAGAUCCCAAACUAAGAGAGUUUAUCACAAUAAUGGAUACACUUCCGGAUGAUUCCAAGACAGGAUAUUUACUUAAAGAUAUUAAGGCUAUCAACCCAUUGACUAAAAAGAAGGUCUCGAUAUUUGUAGCACCUUAUGUCAUCGGAAGCUAUGGUUCUGAUAAUGAACCAGGUGCAGCGGUAAUGGGUUGUCCUGCUCAUGAUGAAAGAGACUUUGCUUUCUGGCACGAAAAUUCUCCCAACGAACCCAUUAUUUCAUGUAUCGACCCCUUUACUUUACUGGAAGAUGAUAGCAUUACAGCACUUAAUUCACCUCUUCCAUACACUUAUGAUCUAGGUUCGAUGUCAGAAAUAUGUGCUGAAUAUCAUGGAUUAGCUACUGAAGCUGCGAGAGCUUCCAUUGUACAAAAACUGAGGAGUGAGAACCUUGGUCACACAACGAUAAAUUAUAAAAUAAGAGAUUGGUUAAUUAGUAGACAACGUUAUUGGGGAACUCCUAUACCAAUAAUUCAUUGUGAUCAUUGUGGCCCUGUACCGGUCCCCGAGAAAGAUUUACCAGUGAUGUUACCUGAAGUGAAAACUAUUACAGCUAAAGGAGGGAACCCAUUAUCACAAAUUCCUGAAUUUGUUAAUGCUAAAUGUCCUUCCUGUGGUAGCGAUGCCAAGAGGGAAACCGAUACAAUGGAUACAUUCAUGGACAGUUCAUGGUAUUUCUUCAGAUAUCUGGACCCCAAAAAUAAGGAAUUACCAUUUGAUCCCAAAUUAGCUUCCAGAAAUAUCCCAGUAGAUAUAUACAUAGGUGGGGUGGAACAUGCAAUUCUUCAUCUGUUGUAUGCUAGAUUUAUUUCUAAAUUUUUGGGAUCCAUUGGCAUGUUCGAUGGUGCAAAAUUCAAAUUUGAGCCAUUUAAACAAUUGGUUACUCAAGGUAUGGUACAAGGGAAAACGUACAUUAAUCCAGAAAAUGGUAGAUUCUUGAAACCUGAUGAAGUUGAAUUAGAUACAGCAAAGGGUCAUCCAAUUAUCAAAGCUACUGGUCUGGCACCACAGGUCUCAUAUGAAAAGAUGUCUAAAUCUAAAUAUAAUGGUGCAGAUCCAAACCAAUGUAUUGCCAAACAUGGUCCGGAUGCUACUAGGGCCCAUAUCUUAUUCCAAAGUCCCAUAACAGAUGCCUUAGCAUGGGAUGAGGUGAAGAUAAUAGGCAUUGAAAGGUGGUUAAUUCGUGUCAUAAGGCAUACAAUGGUUCUUUCUAAAGAACAGAAAUAUGCUUUCGAUUAUACUACUCCCUCUGAUAUGACGGACCCAGAAAUUGAAUUUCACAACGAAAUUCAAAGAUUACUAAAAUCCAUUACUCAAGGAUUUGACAUAUAUCUCUCACUGAAUACCGUAAUUUCUGAUUAUAUGAAAUUUACCAAUGUUUUGGAAAACGCCUAUAAAAACAAAACGGUUAGGAAGGAAUUACAAAUGUUAAAUUUACAAAAACUAAUUAGUGUCAUUUAUCCUGUAACACCUUCGAUUUCAGAGGAAGCGGCAGAUAUCCUCAUGAAAGAGCAAAAUGGAUGGGAAAAUUGGAACCAUUAUCAAUGGCCUUCUGUAGAACAUAUUACCCAAACUAACUUUAAAAAAUUCCAAAUUGUUGUUGAUGGUAGAGCUAAAUUCUAUUACACGACAGAGAAGGAUUUUUUCAAGAAGGGGAGAGAUCAUGUCAUUGAAACUCUAAAGCAUACACCUGAUGGCCGUAAAUAUUUAAGUGAUAAGACAAUAAAGAAGUUUGUGAUGAAAUUCAAUAUAAUUAGCUUCCAAUUUUACAAAGCAAAAGAUUUAGUGAAAUUGGAAGAAGCAAAACAAAGAAAAUUAGAGAGGCAGCAAAUGGGAAAGAACGUGUAA